UCUUUCCUUGUAGUGGAUCAAUAACUGCAUAGGAAGAAAAAAUUACAAAAGGUUCUUCAUCCUCAUGGUGUUUGCUCUUCUCUUGCUUAUUCUGCAGUGGGCUGUUGGGAUGCUUGUGCUGAUACUGUGUUUUGUUGAGAGAAGGAGAUUUUCUGCUGAAAUUGUUUCAAAGCUGGGUAGUAGCUUUUCCUUGGCACCCUUUAUCAUUGUGGUGGCUGUGUGCACUUUAUUAGCCAUGGUUGCUACUCUUCCAGUUGCACAACUUUUCUUCUUCCAUAUUCUUUUAAUAAAAAAGGGAAUCAGCACCUAUGAUUACAUUAUUGCUUUGAGGAAGCAAGAUCAGGAGCAGGAGCAACUUGCUGUUGGUGGGCAGCAAAGUCCGCAAAUGUCCCAAGUGAGCUCUUUUACUGGACUAAGCAGCACCAGUUCUUUCAAUCAAUUCCAUCGCGGUGCAUGGUGUACUCCGCCAAGAUUAUUCCUUGAGGAUCAGAUGAUUAGCCAGCGGAACUUCUCCGUCAGGGCGGCGAAGAGGAGGAGAAACGCCCGUAAGGGGCCCCAGCAGAACGCCCGGCUCGACCUGUCUCGGAUCCUCAGGACGGAGGCCGCCGUCCUCGGAGUCGAGCGCAAGGCCGGCUCUGCCAAGUUCACCCGCCUCUGGCCCAGAGCAGUGCUUGAGGCGCUCGAUAAUUCCAUAUCCGCUAACCAAUGGGAAUCCGCUCUCAAGAUCUUUGGACUGGUUCGGAGACAGCAUUGGUAUCAGCCAAUUUCCCGAACCUAUGCAAGGCUAUUAACCAUGCUGGGCAAGUGUCGACAACCUGAUCAUGCAACUUCACUUUUCAGAGUGAUGCUGUCCGAGGGCCUCAAACCAACGCUUGAUGUUUACACAUCACUUGUUGGCGCAUAUGGUCAUAGUGGCCUGCUAGACAAGGCAAUUUCUACACUUGAGGAGAUGAAUGCAAUUUCUGAUUGUGAACCAGAUGCUCAUACAUACACCGUCCUCAUUAGCAGUUGUUGCAAACUUAGGCGCUUUGAGUUGAUUCCGCAAUUGCUUAUGGAAAUGUCUUAUUUGGGGAUCGAGCCGAAUACAGUUACUCAUAAUACCAUUAUAGAUGGUUAUGGGAAAGCUAGGAUGCUUGAGGAGAUGGAGAGUCAUUUGUCAACUAUGCUUGAGACUGGAAAAUGCUUGCCUGACAUAUAUACAAUGAAUUCCAUGAUAAAGAAAAAGUUUUUAAAGGACGCGAUAUUCCACCCCCCCCCUCUAUCGCAUCCAUCCGAUCUAUCAGAUAACAGUGAAGAUGCUGGCGGUGCUUGCUUCGACAAUGACAAUGAUGCAAAUCUUCCAUAG